GACAACCAAAACAAUCAUACAGCAUCACUAAGUUUACGAAAUUUAAGACUUCGGCCCAUACUCUCAUGACCACCACAACGCAAAUCGCCCAACCUUCGAUUAAUGCUAAUAGCUUACAAAGAUAUGAUCCUGCCAUCUUCCAAGUAAUUAAUCACGUCAAUAUAUUCGGUACUCUAUAACACGACGCGCUGUUUUGAACAGCAGCAAAAAUGACGGCAAUGCGACCAAACAAACGAUUGCCCGUAGGGUCGAAAGGAUGGAUAGAAGAGGAACGAUCAAACGCGCUGGAGCUUGCGGCAACAGAGGCAGAGGAGUUUACAUUUGCUGCCAGGAAUGAGAUUGAUUGGUUAAAUGAACACAUGGCCGAGAUAUUCAACAAGAAUCAAGUGAACGUUGCCGAAAUAUUUAAAACGCCGGGGAAGUUACGUGGGAAGACACCUAGAACAGCUAGGAAACUGAAUCAAUUGGAAGUGCGCGCACCAUUAUCCGAUGUCUUUUCAGCAACACCACAAGGAGCCCCAAGUCCAUUCAGACAAGCACAUCACGAACGAUCACCUCCAAAAUUCCGAGUAGCAGAGGACGCCCCGGCAGAACCUCAGGAGCAACCUACUCAACCGCAACCCACACCUUCGCGACCUACGCCUUCACAUCGUCCAUCUAGCUCCGGCACUGCGCAUAGCAGUGUUCAGCGCAAAUCUUUCAUCAAUGCACUUGAUUCUGGUUAUUACGGAAGUCAGCUUGAGGAGGCGACGCAACCUAAUACCCAACCUACCGAACCAGCACCAUUCGCAACAACUCCACCCCGACCACUCACACCCCGAGAAGAUACAAUCGACAGUGAAGGCAAUGAGGAUAUUGCAAGUAAUGCAGGCAGCAUAGAGGAUGAAGAAGGCACGCCCGAGGACAAGAAAGCCCCCGUCGAAGAGAUUCCAGUCACAGAUUUAGAAUCUGAAGAAAAACGAACUGUCGAGGUCUCAUUUCAAUCUGCACGAGAACGUUCGCCAAUAGCGGCCACUAUUGAGGUAGAAGCACAGACGGAAACAGGGACAGAAGCUCAACAAAUUGAGGCUGUAAAACAAGACAGGGAACCAAAAAACGAAGAUCAGAUCAUGGGCGAAGUCGAGUAUCCAAAUCUCGAGUUACAGCCUCAUGAUCAGAGCUCAGUCCAUUCAUCACCGGAAAAGCGCCCACAACAUAAAUCUCCAUCUGGAUCUCCCUCAAAGGCACAAUCUCCAUCGAAAGAGCCCUCGGCAGAACCACAAUCUUCGCCAUUUGCCCGACAAGAUGACCGACAAGAUGAAGACGAGCAGAUGGAUGAUAUUCCUGAUGCUCAAUCUGCUUCAGAUGGAUCAAGCCCCAUACGCCCGAUUUUCCGCAAAAGCAGUUUGAAUUUUGCUUCUCUACCUGCGCGAGAUUUAUCCAAGAAAAGUCUCGGACAUCGUACUUCGCGUACUAGUCACUAUGGUCGGCCUACGGGCGGAAAGAGUCUGGGCAACGUUAAAGAAGAUCUCGCAAACAAAAACGAAGAUGAAAUGGACGUUGAUGAAGGGGUCGAGUCGACUGGACGGGAAGAAUCUGAAGCCGAAACAUUACUGGCACGUAUUCACAAUAAAACAUCGACACAACGUCUUCAGGACCAGAUCAGUAAGCUUGGUCAGUCCCAGCCUACAACCAGACCUGCCUCGAAAUCUCUUGUAGGUGGCAUAAUACCCUCACGCCAGUCGAUACAAGCGACUCAACCUCCAACGCCACAACAUAAAGAGAAAGCAUCGCCACCGUCAAAAGACAAGUCCUUCGCGACCCCAGGUGCCUUCCCCGAAGAUGAAGAUAGCUGGAUUGGACCUCCAACAACAGCCUUGCAGGAAAAGUCGAUUUUCAGCCCUCGCCCAACCAUUUCCAAGAAUCACACUGCAGAUGUGAUGGAGAGCGUGCGUGGCAAAGAAACUGUCAGUGGAUCAGAAUUCAACGUUCCCGACAAUGAAGAUGAAGGAAAGCAAACAUCACCGAUCCGGGACACCAAUGUGAGAGGUCUAACUAAAUCUAUUUCAACUUCAUUCAUCUCCUCGCCCAAGAGAGCAGCUGGGUCACAAAGUCCUAACAAAUUGAUCUCGGUCUCUAACCCAAAUCUUCCCAUUAAUGCAAUCGAUGAGGAUUCUACGACUCCUCCAAAGUCUCCACCCAGAACUCUUAGGGGAAGUCCGUUAAAGGUCGCGAAAGACAAAUUUUCAUCGAUUUUGAAAUCAGGAAAAACUUUAUUUGCAAGUAGCGCGGCUGCAAGUGCCGAAGCAAAAAUUGAGACUCUAUCAUCAUCUACAAGAAUUUACCAAAACAAUGUGCCUUCCUUUGAAGACGUACUUCAAAAUGAGAAUAACGAUGCGGAAGUCUCGUAUCCGAAAAUGGAUAUGCGUUUCAAUGAUUCGUUUCCCAAUCGUAUUCAAAGUCCUGUCAAAGCUACUACCCGUAAAACUAGAGCCUCUACUGAAAAGGAAGAGAAACGUAAAGAAGAGGCCGCUAGAGAGGCUAGAGAGGCCAAGGAAGCCAGAGAAGCGCAAAAGAUGAAUGAUCAAUUAGAGAAAGCACGCAUGAAGGUCAAAGAGGACGCACGUGUUUAUCAUCAAGAGCAAGAGCGAGCGGCAGCCAUGCAGAGGGAAUUAAUCUCCCGAAAAGAGCAAGAGAAACAGGCCAAGACGAGUCAGGUUGAAGCGCCAAAGACAACUCGAAGUAGCCCACGAAGAACGAAAGCUCAAUUAGAAGCGGAGGCCAUAGCAUCUACAGCUUCAUCUGCCAAUACGUCUUCUGGCAAGGAUACUGAUAUGACCGAUGCACCAGCAUCAAUGCCACCGCCUUCUAUUCCAAGACCAAAAUCUCAAAUUGGGCGACCACAGGCUAAACGGCCAUUAAGACCAGUGAAAGACGCUGCUCCCAAAGCCAAGGCACCAGCGACUGUGAUACGUGUCGACACUGGCUCCUCACGUGGUCAGCAAUAUCAUCCAUCUAAUACGACACUUGCAGCAACCUUGGAACAGUCCUUACAAUCUUCCCAAGGCGGACACCUACGAAAUAAAGCUAGCUCUAGUUCGCUACAAAGCAAAUCCUCGAAUAACAGCUUCAAGGCGCAAGCUAACAAAGCUCUAGAAGCAGCUGCACGAAAGAAGGAGGCGGAUGAACUUGCUGCUCAACAAAGAAGGGAUGCAAAGUUGGAAAUGGAACGCCAGCGAGCCGCUACGAAGGAAGAGCAAAGGCGACAGAAUGAGCUAACUAUUAAACGUGACCAAGAGCGUCAACGGGAGCAGCAGAAAGAAAUCAGUCUUAGCGAGGCCAAUAAAAGAGCCAUCGAAAGGGCGAAGCAGAAGAGAGCUCCUCCACCAGCUAUUCGACCUCAACAAAAUACCGAUCAAUGGCUCGAAAAAUCAUUGCCACCAGUUCCACUUCAAAGAAAUGAUCUAGGCGGACAAGCAAAAGCUGCCCGUAUGAACACUGCCAAAGCACCCCCGAAGAGACCUUUGCUGGAGAACAAUGAAGAGGUUGCUCGUCCACCCGUUCAGCGAAAUGCUCCUUCAAAUCACGGUGAUCCUCGCACCAAACGUCAAAGGACCAACGAGUAUCUUGAUGAAGAAGAUGAAUUGACUGAGUCUCAUCCAAAAAUGACUGCUCCCCCAAUUCGUCAAUCCAGUAUUCGUCCAAAGGAGAUGCCCACAAAGUCGUUGUUUGCAAGCGGAUAUGCUCACGCUCCACCACCCGCUAAUCUACAAAGGUCUACUAUUGUUUCGCAACAUCAGAAUAAAAUUGGUAAUCCGAUGGAUAUGACUCAGGUUUCUAAGGGAGCCAUUCCAUUUGCAUCAAGCUCGAACGGACAGUCAUACAAAACACCCGCACGUAAUGUAAGCCAUGCCUCGGCAAAGGCGGCAAAGUCUGCAGCAAAAUCAUCACCACGAUACGAGAAUGGAGAGAACAUUGUUCUUCCCGAAAUACCUAGUGAUAGCGAAGACGAUGACGAUGAAGAUGAUGAGAAAGAGAAGAAAGCAUUUCAAGGACUUGGCUGGACAGAUUCUCCUGAGAUUCGCAAACAACUGGCACUCCAGGAAACCAUUGAUCCAUCUAAAAUUUUCGGACGACCCCAAGCCUUGAACAUGGAAGAGGUAUUCGAUAAAAGCAAGGAUCGAUUCCACAAAUUUAGGGCAAGGACAUCCAGUGCCAAUUGGAGUGGAUCUGAUCGCCUCACGGAAGAGGAGGUGCGUAAGGAUCUGGAAGGGAGAGAUCGUGUGCGAAGGCAAGGUGGAUGGAGUUAUGAUCCCUCAUUUUAGGCUGCGCAUCUCAGUAAGAAAGCACAGGGUCUCAACUAUUGCUCAAGAUAUUUUCAUGGCACAAGGGCGUGCAUCCUUUCACAUUUUGAGUAUGGUGAACUAUGUGGGAAAUGUUAUGGUUUUGGAAUGAAUUGAGUUCUUGAUGAACGAGUUCUGUUGCUUGAUUAUGUUAGAGUCAUGACCAUCAUGGAUUGGCGAUGGAGUAUACUUUUGAUUUUAUCGGAGUUUGGGGGGGACAAUAAUAAAUGAAGCGAAGAUUAAUCGUUCUCGCACAGGAUUGGAGUAACUCGUACCGAAGUACACAAACAACGGAAUAUGAACAAGUAAAACAUACAAUUAUAUGUGGAUAUA